AUGACACGACGCCCAGCGAUGUUUGGUGAACGACGGAGCAGGCGGCCGCUGUGUUUCGCUGCCUUCAUCGCUGUCGCGACCGUUCUGGGCCGCUCCGUCUUCGAGGCAGCUUUCUCCCAGCCGAACCCGGAGCAUCAGAGCCAGGAGUUGAGUCGACGUAGCCUCGCAGGAGUCGGCGUGGCGGUAUCGACCGGUUCUUUGCUGCCUUUACCAGCCCAGGCGAUUUUCGGCUUCUUCGAGGGGCCCAAGCUUGAUCCGUACACCAUGCUGGGCGUCUACAACAUCUCCAUGCCGCCACGGUACAAGCUCAAGAAGAAUGUGCCGGGUCUAUUGGCUUGGCAGGGAGAUCGGCUGCAGCCCACCGAGGUCAUGACCGCGAAAGCAAAGGCUGUCGAGUUCAAGAGCCUGGCACAGGCCCUGGGUGGCAAUGCCACAGAGGUUGGCAUGCGGAUGGGCGCUACCCGGCCUUCAGUCCGGAUCAACAGCACCAUCGAAGCAGCGCUCUUCGAUGCCUCGGUGGAUCCUUACGAGACAGGACUGGAUAUCUACCGCUUCGAGUGGGUCAGCGAUUUUAUCCACGAGUAUAAGCUCUACGCCUUGCUGAAGGCCGAGGGCAAGAAUUACCUUUGCAGCGUGAACGUGCGGACACCUGCGCUUCUGUGGGAAGAGAACAAGGAGCUUUUCGAGUACAUCUUGAAGAGCUUUAAGCCCCUUGAAGCGCAACCGAACCGGACGGUUGAGGAGGUGUCUGCUGCCUCUUCGGCCCCGGUCACCGCACCGGUGGAGUCCGGUGAGGGUUCAGAGCUUGGCCUCUGGGUGUCACCUGUAGACUUCUAUUCAACACUACUCCGGUUCGGUGCUCAGAGCCCUGAGAUUGCAUCGUCAUUUUCGUGGACUGCUGUGUUUGCGGUAGUCAUCUCUGAUUUGGCGGCCGCCGACGCGGAGAACCUUUUCGCGAAGUAUGACUACGAAAACAUUUCGCUGCUUCCCCGGGGUGCGCUGGCUGAAGUUCUUCGGGACAUCGGCUUGGAGAAGGUCCUGGGAAGUGAGUUCGGAGCGUUUGUGAAGCUUGCCUUCGACUCCCACUCGGCUGAUUCCCACUUCCUCUCGCCCCAUGAGUUCAAGCAGCUCUACUAUCGCCUGCUGCAUCGCUACACAAACCUUUUACCAAGGCACCCAGCCUUGCGCGUGACGGUGUACUCGGCAAAGAACCUCCCGCCUGCGGACGUCAAUGGCAAGGCUGAUCCUUACUGCACAAUGCAGCUCGCAGGGAAGCCCAGGAGCAUGACGCGCACGCGCCACGUGGAGAAGACCCUCGAGCCGAAGUGGGGGGAGGAGCUGACUGGAAACUAUGCAUACCAGGAAGGUGAUGAUCUUAUGUUUGAGAUCAUGGACUACGACCGGGGGAGCGUGGUCGGAGAUCUCCUGUGCACCUGUGUCAUCCCGAACAAGGAGUUCCAUCGCCCUGGGGGCUUCGACGGCACCUGGCCGAUGACGCUUUCUCCAGAGACGGCGAAGCUGAAAGGCUACAACCCAACAUUGCGGCUGAGAAUUCAAGUCACAGCUUUCCCGGAACCUCCACCGAGAACGACCAUCCUCAUCCGGCAUGCAGAUGGCUUGCCGCCGGCGGAUGCCAAUGGCAAAUCGGAUCCCUUCUGCAGCGUUCAGCUGGUGGGAAAGCCCUUCUCCAGGUCUUCGACCACAAUCAAAGCCCGGACGCUGGAUCCUGUUUGGAACGAGACGCUCACAGACAAGCACCGUUACGAAGUUGGCGAUGCGAUUUCCUUCAAGGUUUGGGAUUACGACAAAGCUGGAGGAAACGACCUCCUUGGCGAGUACGUUUUGGAGGGUACUCUCUUCCACAAGCCAGGUGGCUUCGAUGGAGAGCUGAACCUCCAGUGCCCCGACCCAAAGUAUGCGCCGGUGCUCAGCGUGAAAAUCCUCGUACGGGAGCUCGAGGAAGCUGCCCAGGUGUCUGCAUCUGAAGCCACGGAGGCGGAGGAGGCUGAGGCAUGA